AUGCCGCGCGCAGAUCCGCCCACCAAGCUUUUCGUAGACAAUUGGGCCGCUGCACAAGACGCUGAGCUCGCUGACGACCCCGAGGCCAACCUGGCACCCCUCGCCCUCGGACGCACUCCUGCACGGGAGGCAGGACGCCAGCCACCAGCACGCCCGCCAUCACCUAUACGUCCCCCACGCCCUAAUCAACGUCCACACUCCCGUCGGCAUCCCCGCGCAGGCGCGGGCGCAGGCGCAGCAAGGCGCGACGAGGCUCUCGCAAUCGGGCCCCCUCCCACUCCACCUCUCGCGGACGCUCUUGGCGCUCCGCCUCUCAUGGGUCUUCUUCGCGCUCCCACGACCGCAGACAGGGACGCCGGCGUCGCCGCCACUACAGCUCAUCAUCCCCAUCCCGUUCGCGGCCCGCUCAUCAUCGUCACCGAGCUCACGACGACUCCGUCGACGAAGGCGAGCUCACGCGCGCGGGCUUCAAGCGUGAUAUGA